AAGCAACGUUGUGGAAGACAACAUGGCGACGCAAUGAGCGAAAGUUGCGAGAAACAUUAUUGUAGAGAUGCUAGUUGUACCCGGUUUUAUUACUUAAAUCAUGGAGAUCCUUGACUUUCUUUUGAAAUCAUGAUGCAAGGGUUCACGGAGAAGAAUGCCAACGACAGGGCCGCAUUUUGGAGAAAGAAUGUGCGAUCCGUUCCGGGAAGCAUCAAGCCUGUUUAUGGAGCGUCCCAUCCACCAAAAAAAGAUAGCAUGCCAUCCACUCCAAAAAAAGAUGGUCACAGCAGUCGGCAUCGACGAAACACAUCAUCUAGCUCAUUCAAAGACUUCCAGGAGAGUACUGACGACGCCUGGGACAUCGGCGAUGACGAGUUUUGUGUUGUGUCAGACGUGAAGAUAGUGUCCAAGGUGGUGCAGUCAACAGCAGAGUCAGUCAUCACGAACCACAGCAGAGGCCGGAACUCUGUGGAGCUUGUAGACGAGCCACUAAGUUACGAAGUCUCCGACGGAUGCUCUGCGGAAGCACGAGCAGCUGCUCUGCAGCGACUGGCAAUACAGAAAGCAUGUGCAGGCUCGCCCCUGGAGCCCUGCGUGGUGCCGCCGUCACGGACAGGCUUUGGGCCGGGCAUGGCAGUGCGCCACCUUUGUGGAGGGGCAGGGGCCAAUGCAUCACCUCACCACUCGGCAUCGCAGAACGCCCUCAACUCACAGGCGACCCUGGAGAAGUUCCAGAGCGUCCUGCAGUGCCCCAAGACCGACCUCGAUGCGCUACGUUCUUUAAGUUGGAAGGGUAUUCCUGCCGAAGUGCGCCCCAUCACGUGGAGGCUUUUGGCAGGCUACUUGCCGGCCAACUCAGAGAGACGGGCAGCCGUUCUUGAAAGGAAACGGGAGGAGUACUUCAACUUUGUAAAGCAGUAUUACGACACACGGAACGAUGACAUCCACCAAGAAACAUACAGACAGAUACACAUAGACAUCCCUCGCAUGAGUCCUCUGGUGCCAUUAUUUCAACAAGAGUCAGUUCAACAGAUAUUUGAGAGGAUCUUGUACAUAUGGGCCAUUCGACAUCCAGCCAGUGGCUACGUCCAAGGCAUGAACGACCUUGUCACCCCCUUUUUUGUGGUCUUUCUUCAAGAACAUGUGCCUAAAGAGGCAGAAGUGGAAACAUUCAUGGUGGACCGCCUGGAGCAGUCAGUGCUGCAGGACAUUGAGGCAGACAGCUUCUGGUGCAUGAGCAAGCUGCUAGACGGCAUCCAGGACAACUACACCUUUGCCCAGCCAGGCAUACAGAGCAAAGUGAACACCCUCAAGGAGCUCAUCCAGCGCAUAGACACACCACUGCAUGACCACCUCUCCAAGCACUGUGUGGAAUUUCUACAGUUCACCUUUCGGUGGAUGAACAACCUGCUGAUGCGUGAGCUGCCGUUGCACUGCACCAUUCGCCUGUGGGACACGUACCUGGCCGAGCCCGAGGGCUUCUCCACUUUCCACCUCUACGUUUGUGCUGCGUUCCUGCGCUACUGGUCCCAGGCACUGUUGCGUGAGAGGGACUUUCAGGGCCUUAUGCUUCUCCUUCAAAACUUGCCAACGUACGACUGGGGCAACGAAGAGAUCACCCUUCUCGUGGCAGAGGCAUACCGGCUAAAGUACACCUUUGCCGACGCUCCUAAUCACCUGCAAGCCCGAAAGUGAUGUCAACAAAACGACACUGCUUGUGUACAUGUGUGAAUGUGUGCAUCCACGUGCCUCACGUCCUGCCAUUCAUCCGAGGACAGCAGACACUUGAGACCGAUUAAAAGGGAGGGCCAAUAAACGAUGACAGCGUCGCGCCGACACUCACGACUGGAGAAGGAGGGCUACAAAAAAGAAAGGCAUUAUGUGUGCUCCUUUACAAGUCGGCCGGGGAGAAAGGGCGGUGGAAAAUGAGAAAGCUUGCAGGCCACUGACCAGUGCUGCCUCAUGGUGCAACUGUACAUCUGUAGGAUCUCAUCAGAUGCGGGAUGGACUGGUCUCUCAGCAAUCCCCCAUGCAGGGCACAGCAAGGCAGUUUGGGCGACAGUAAUACGCAUUGACGCGCAGUUUGAUCCAGUGAGCGUUCAGGCUUGGGUAAAGGUGCAUGCUCGCUGCCAAGCUACUGAGGUGGUUUUGCUGGCAGGGCUUUGUUAGCUAGCUAGCUGUCUUGUUCUUUACCACUUUUUCAAGGUCCCUCUUUGGAAAGGCUGGCUGUGCAACUCUUCUUGGAAGAUGCUGGCCCUGCCUUGUCACCCGCCUUCCUGCAAAUUUUUUAACUGUAUAUUUUUGUACAUUACACAUAAAGCCUCUUUAUGAGAUUCCCAUUAAAGCACAGUGGAGAGUGGAUGUCUGGGGUUGCUCAAGGGAAUGUGAAGUGCCUGCUGGAUUAAUCUCUGUGGUCCCGGUGUUAGCACGUGGGGAAGCUUGCUCCGCGGGCUUCUCUGGGUUGUAAUCUCUGGAUGAGUGAUGAACUCUUGGUUGUCCCUGUGCAAUGUGACCUUUAGUGUGUUGCCAUGACACACAGGCAUCUCUUUUUUUUUUUAUUAGAAGUGUGAGAUUAAAAGUAUGUUUGAAGGGCGGA